GUCAUUUCCCCCGGGAAGAAAUGCUGACGCAGCCGACCAACUUGGUCCGAAGGUCGGAGCCAGUACUCUUAUUUCACUCGCUUGCCAUCAACAUAUCUACGAUUUCACCAGUGAUUCCUCUCGAGUCUAAUUUAAUAUAAGGAGCUGCUUCCGUUCCGGCUAGGGACAUGCAUUUUUCCAAAGGAUUUUUAGGUCUCUCACUGGCGACUUUGUUUGUGAUCCUGUGCGGCAUCAGCUACUUGGCAAAGUUGUCCAAAUUAUUUGGUCACCACGUAGUACACCCGCGAAUUGGCAAGUCCAAUUCUUUAUUGGAAACCUUCCCAACUACUUUGUUCGUUUCCAAUCAAAGUGAUUCGAUCCAUUUUGAAAAAUUCGAUAACGAAACCGGCGCCAAUCACUUGAUCGUGCCCAAUAUCGUCCACUACGUCCGGCUGAAUAAAAGAAGCUGGUCGUUUGUGGAGUACAUUUGUUUGAGAUCCGCCUACGUCAACCAACGGCCCGACUUUAUUUUUAUUCACACCAAUGUCAUGGAGGGUUUCAAGGGCAAAUACUGGCGAUGGAUGCAAGAGGAUCCGGAUCUGAAAUCGCGUUUGGUAGUGGUGCCCGUCCGUUUGCCGUCCGAGAUCUUUGGCCAAAAGUUGAAACCAGUGUGGCGAUUGCAUCACGGCUCCGACUUGAUUCGAAUACGGACCCUAAUGAAAUACGGAGGCAUCUUCCUGGAUAAUGACGUCUACGUAGUCCACAAUCUGGACAAGUACCGUCAAUUCGAAAUGACUUUAGGCUGGCCCAGGAACGAAUCCCUAGGCACAAUGGUUCUUUGCGCUAACAAGAAUGCUCGAUUCCUUCCGCUCUGGCUGGACAACUACCGAGACUACAAAGCCGAUCAAUGGUAUUAUAAUGCUGGAGAUAAUCCCACGGCAGAGAUAUUAAUGAAGCACCCGGAACUCGUCCACCGGGAGGAAAGUCGACUCGGAGUCAAAUUUUUAGUCCGUGAAAUGUACCAGGAAAAAGAAGACGAUUUUCCAUGGCGACAGAAACUCGAUGCUGUUCAUCUGCUGAUCAACCACCGCAGUUAUCUUGACAUGUUCUUCAAAGAUUAUCGGUAUUUCAACGAGCGAAAUAUUGUGCACUAUCCGUUUAAUUUCGGAGAAAUGGCCAGAGUUGUUUUAAUUCACCAACAACCUGGCAACUACACAGUAUCAUCUCUAUGAUAAAUGCGGAUAAAAGCAAAUUAAAUUUUCCCUGUGCUCUUUCUCACGAUGAUCAGCAUUUUAAGUUAUCGUAAAUUAUAGUCACUUUGAUUCGGAGAGGUUAUAUUUGAUUUUGUCACCGGAAUAAUUUUAUCUGGUUCGUUAAAGUUACAGAGCAAAGUGUGGAAGUGGCCACUACAUUGUAUUCAACUUGAAAAUAAUCUAAAAUGAUAUUCCUGUAGAACAAAACAGCUGGCGACGUUCGCAUGUGUGCCGGAAUCUGUAUAAUGGCCCACAGAAGGACGUUUGUUGAGUACACGCAGUUGGCAGCAGUAAACAUAUUGUGAAUUCCCCAGAGACACAAUAGAUUGCCUUAUUAAUUGAGUUGUAACUUGUAGCCUAUCGUAGCCUCCCUCGUUCGACCCCCGAAAAUUUUUUUAUCUCUCCGCGUUUGUGCUUUGAUUGUCAUCAAUCCGUAUCAUGUCGAUCAAUUCUAUAAUGAAAUUAAAACAUCAAAAAUAAAAUA